ACCACUACGUCGCGGAGUCUCCCAUCGUCAUGGUACAGAUCUGAUGCCCUAUAUCAGCUUGAGAGACGAGCUAUAUUCUCCAAGAGAUGGAUUCUAGUCACACACAAGCACAGAUUUCCGACUACCGGAGAUUUUGUGCAAUUCGAAGAAGCGGGCUUCCGUUUCUUCUUGUGUCGGGAUCGUGACGGAAACAUCAACGGGUUUCACAAUGUCUGCAGACACCGGGCUUUUCCUGUUGUGACGGAGUCCCAAGGUCGAGCGAAGAUUCUAUCCUGCAAAUACCACGGCUGGUCGUAUGGACUCAAGGGCAACUUGGCAAAAGCACCAGGAUACGAAGAGAUGGAAGGAUUCGACAAGACCCAGAAUGGUCUGUUACCGGUGAACGUCCACAUUGACCAGAAAGGUUUCAUAUGGGUGAACAUGGAUGUUGCAAAAGAGAUCCAAUGGGAAGAUGAAUUUGCAGGGGUGGACACGCAACCUCGAAUGGAUAUCUUCAACUUUGAUGAUUAUCGCUUCGAUCACACCUGGGAGAUGGGCGGUGAUUACAACUGGAAGGCGCUAGCCGACAACUACAAUGAAUGCUAUCAUUGCCCGACCGCUCACCCAGACGUAGCUGGCAUCACAGACCUUAAGCUGUACGCGGUCGUUACAAAUGGCGGACACAUCCAACACUUCACUAACGCAGAGAGCAUUGCUAUGGAUGAGGGUAUGAGAGUUCGCAGCACCUACUAUUUUCCUAAUGCUUGCAUGACCGUAACGCCUCACUUUUUCUACAUGAUGAGAUGCGUCCCGACUUCAGCCCGGCAUUGCUCCAUGGAGUAUGAAGUGUAUCGCCAUAAGGAUGCCACCGACGAGGAGUUCGAAGCGAUUGACUCCAUGUUCAAACGGGUUUUGACGGAGGAUAAGUGGCUCUGCAUGAACACACAAAAGAACCAUGAAGCUGGGGUAUAUAUCAGUGGAGAGAUGCAUUCGAGAAUGGAAAAGGGUCCGUUGUUUGUGCAGCAAACUGUUCGUAGCUUACUUCGGCAACAUCACGAGCGCGAAAAGACACUGGGGAGUGAAAUAUGGCCCGCUCGACAGGUUCUGCCAAAAAUAGCUGCAGGGGUUGAGCAAGAUGAGACAUUCUGCUCGGGCUUGACAUGUCCCGACGACAAGCUAGACUGGUAG